AUGGGUGUGAGUUCCAGUUGCUCCACGAUCAAAAUUUUGAGGAAAACGCUGCUAACUUUCGAGAAACCAGUACCCCAUGAUCCAUUAGAUCAUGUGUUUCUCAUUCUGCUACUUACUUCUUUCCAGGAAAUAAGCAGCAAAGCUACAGAGACUACAAAGUUGAACAAGUAUCCGCCUCGGAUAGGCCCACGUGGUUAUCGUGGUAUGAAACCUCAAUGGGAAAAAGAGAUGGAGUCUGGUGAGUCAACGAAGUUCCAUAAUAUAAGAAGUGAACGUGCAAGGAAUUUUAUCCUUGCUAGGUUAAAACGUGAUCCCACAGGAAUAUACUCGUUACCUACUGAUCUCUACUCCUUGGCAUCUGAAUUGAUUGAAAAAGAUACCCAAUUAUCUCACGGAGAUUGGUUUCCUGGACCUGGAGCUGAUGUGCUUACAGAGGUGUUAGGACCCGAGCAUCCAGGUCGUACGAGGGCUGUUGGGCACAAUGUUGGCUUGAGACAAUCCAUGCCUAGGGUUGAUAAGAAAAAAAGGAAGAGCCAUGAUAAAUAUAACUUGGAAGAUAUUAAGUAG